AUGCCGUUUGGAGCAUUUCCUCCGCAGCCGCGUCGUCGAGUUGUUGUUACUGGCCUUGGGGCAGUCACUCCACUCGGUCACUCCGUCGCCUCCACUUGGGCUGGACUCUGUAAAGGCAUUUCCGCUACUCGCUCUUUGGCGGAAGCCCCUUUCUUUUUUCCCGCAUGUUUGGAAACGGAUCGUCGACUCUCAGAAGAAGCGAAAGUAAAGUGUCGUCAACAAUUGUUAACUGCCAUGCCAUGUCAAGUAGCGGCUGCGGUUAUGCCAACAACAAAAACAACAAUAAAUGCAGAAGGAGGGGAAUCAUCUCAGAAUAUGUUUGCACCAACCUCACGUGAGUCCCGCGCCACCUUGUUUACACAUCAUGCUGUGGAAGAAGCACUCAUACAUGCAGGAAUUCUAGAAGCCGAUGGGAAACGUUUUCACGCACCGUGUGCGAUGGACCGCAUUGGUGUGAACAUUGGUGUGGGAAUCCCUUCCCUUGCGGAUGUCAGUGAUGUUGCGUACAAUCUAUACGCUGAUCCCUUACGUGUAAACUACAGCCGUGUGAAUCCCUUCUUUGUGCCAAAGAUCCUUGGGAACACACCUGCUGGUUUAACGGCCAUCCGCUACGGUCUCACCGGCCCUGUUGGCAGCGGCGUGGCGGCGUGUGCGACUGGCGCGCAGUGUUUGGCGGAGGCGGCCUCGUGGAUUCGCAGCGGGCGGGCGGAUGUUGUGAUCUGCGGAGCUGCAGAGGCCUGCGUGACGCCAGUGGCGAUGGCGGGCUUUGGGCGCAUGCGGGCACUCUGCACAAAAUACAACGACCGUCCACAUGCCGCCUCACGUCCAUUUGAUUCCGCACGCGGCGGGUUUGUGAUGGGCGAGGGAUGCGGUGUAGUUGUGCUGGAGGAACACGAACACGCACAGAGACGAGGGGCAACCGCCUUUGCGGAGUUACGCGGGGUUGGACUCGCAAGUGAUGCACAUGAUAUUGCCGCCCCACACCCGCAGGGAAGAGGCGCGCAGUUGUGUGUGCGAUCGGCACUACUCGACAGUGGUGGUGUGCCAGCAGAGGCCGUGGUGUAUGUGAAUGCACACGCCACAGGGACAAUUGGUGAUGAUAUAGAACUGCGAGCACUUGAUGCUGUGUUGAAUCACAAUAAUAAUAAUAAUAAUAAUAAUAAUAAUAAUAAUACUGGUCAUAAUGAUAGUCAUGAUAAUAGUGGGAGUAACAGUAAAAGAGAACGGAGUAGACCAUUAUGUGUGAGUAGUGUAAAAGGUGCGAUUGGUCAUCUUUUAGGGGCAGCAGGUAGUGUAGAGGCGAUUGUGGCUAUUAAAGCUCUUUACCAUCAACUUGCACCACCCAAUGUGAAUUUAGAAACCCCAUCUGCCACAGAUAUGGAGUGUAUAAUUCUACCAAAAGGUCAGACUCCACAUGAAUUUCGUGGAGAGGCGGUUAUCUCAACAAGUUUUGGAUUUGGUGGUGUGAAUACGGCACUGCUCUUUACACAAGGAGAGACGGCAAAGGAAAAAGGGGAUUAA